AUGUCAAAUCGACAUUCGUUAUCAAUCUUGUUGAUACGGCAGUUUCGGUUUAAUUUUUUGCCGAGAACACGAAAACUUUGUAUAUUAAAAAUGGAACCUAAAGUGAACUUAAAAGAAGACCCGGCGUAUGUAAAGCUUCAAGAAUUCUACAACUUAAACGCCGAUAAAAUUAAUAUUCAACAACUAUUUCAACAGGAUCCCGAACGUUUCAACAAAUUCAGUCUUCGCAUCGCCACACCCAACGAUGGAGAAAUCUUGUUGGAUUACUCAAAAAAUAGAGUGGAUGAGGCUGCUUUAGCAUUAUUAUUACAACUGGCUAGAAGUCGCAAUGUGGAGAAAGCUAGAGAUGCCAUGUUCACUGGUCAAAAGAUUAAUUUCACUGAAGACAGAGCAGUCUUACACAUUGCUCUUCGUAAUAGGCAGAACAAGCCUAUACUAGUGAAUGGAAAAGAUGUCUCGCCAGAUGUGAAUGCGGUACUUGCACAUAUGAAGGAGUUCUCUGAACAAGUCAUAAGCGGCAACUGGAAAGGUUACACAGGAAAAUCUAUUACGGAUGUUAUCAACAUUGGUAUUGGUGGCUCUGAUCUAGGCCCACUUAUGGUCACUGAAGCGCUUAAACCAUACGCCAAGCAACUUAAGGUACAUUUCGUAUCUAACAUCGAUGGUACCCAUUUGGCGGAGGUGCUCAAAAGGCUCAACCCUGAGACCGCCCUCUUCAUCAUCGCGUCCAAGACCUUUACUACGCAGGAGACCAUCACCAAUGCUACUUCCGCCAAGGACUGGUUCCUGGGAGUUGCUAAAGAUCCAUCAGCAGUAUCGAAGCAUUUCGUAGCGCUGUCAACAAACGCGGAAAAAGUGACAGCUUUUGGUAUCGACCCCAAGAACAUGUUUGGUUUCUGGGAUUGGGUGGGAGGCAGGUACUCACUAUGGUCCGCGAUCGGUCUAUCGAUUUCGCUUUACAUUGGCUACGAGAACUUCGAGAAACUUCUCGACGGAGCCAACUUUAUGGAUAACCAUUUCACUACGGCGCCUUUGGAGAAAAAUGCGCCAGUACUUCUUGCUCUGCUGGGAGUAUGGUACAGCAACUUCUACGGCGCGGAGACGCACGCCCUUCUACCAUACGAUCAGUAUUUACAUAGAUUUGCUGCUUACUUCCAACAAGGAGAUAUGGAGAGCAACGGUAAAUACGUGACCCGUGGGGGCCAGCAGGUGCAAUACAACACGGGGCCCAUCGUGUGGGGGGAACCCGGCACCAACGGCCAACACGCAUUCUACCAGCUCAUCCACCAGGGCACCAGAUUGAUCCCCUGCGACUUCAUAGCACCAGCUCAAACCCACAAUCCCAUAUCCGGUGGGGUGCAUCACAAGAUCCUGCUAGCCAACUUUUUGGCUCAAACAGAAGCUCUCAUGAAGGGAAAGACUUCUGCUGAAGCUAAAGCGGAACUGGAUAAGUCCGGUAUGGCGCCAGAAGCUGUCGCGAAGAUACUUCCCCACAAAGUGUUCAAAGGCAACCGACCCACAAACUCCAUUGUCGUGAAAAAGGUGACUCCAUUCACACUCGGCGCGCUUAUAGCGAUGUACGAACACAAGAUCUUCACCCAGGGCGUGAUUUGGGACAUCAACUCGUUCGACCAGUGGGGUGUGGAACUUGGCAAGCAGCUCGCCAAGGCCAUCGAGCCAGAGCUACAAGACUCCAGCCCCGUCUCCUCUCACGACGGUUCCACCAACGGACUCAUCAACUUCUUGAAGGCUAACUUCGCUUAACAUCACAAAUCAUAAUAUUUGACGUAAAAUUUAUCAUUUGGAGAGUCCUAUAGAAUUUUUCAGGCCCUAACUUGUUCAUAAAAAAUCUGAUAAACAUCUUGGAUAAUAUGGCUUGUAUAAUGCACUUGUAGCAUUAUCUAUACUUAACUCUAAAUUACUCUAUUUUCCUAUAUACAAUAGGCCCACUGUUAUCUCUAUGUUCAAUUUAGAUUUCAUGAAGGGCCCAAUAAAACGUUCACAACAAUUAUGAGGUCAAAUAAUUUUAGUUUAAUCGUUGCUUUUAUUGUGAGAAAGUGAGUUCUUGUUUUGUGUAUUUAAAAUAUCACAUCGAAGUUAUAGCAAAUAACUUAAAAUUUAUUUUAUUUAACAUAUUACUAAAGUUUAGACAAACAUUUACAUUGAUUAUUAAAUUAUCAAAAUUUAGUCUGUACGUACAAAGUUUUUUAAAUUACUCGGAAAGAUCUUUAUAUAGGUAUGUUUGUUGUUUUGAAAUAAU